CUGCAGACGACUUGGACACAGGCACUUUUUCUGUCAGACUUGAUCAGCCGGGUCUUCAGAUCGGUUCUUCCCAGCCCGGUGCGGAGCCGACCCGACGGAGAGUCCCCCUGGCCUUUGACGGCCCAGAGAGGGCUGUGGUCACGACCAGAAGCAGGCGGCGUCCACGUGCGAGCGCGUUUGAAAAGCCCGUCGCCGGAGCCGCUGGGAAACUGCUAGUCUGGCUGUCAUGUGCGCGGAGAGAGAGAGGGCCAGCGUGAAUUCAGCGAGGCGGUUCACAGACCAUGAACAUCGUGGGCCAGCUGGCAGAGACCGUGUUUGUCACCGUGAAGGAGCUGUACCGCGGCCUGAACCCCGCCACCCUCACCGGAGGCAUCGACGUCAUCGUGGUGCGGCAGCCCGAUGGCUCUUUCCAGUGCUCCCCCUUCCACGUCCGCUUCGGGAAGCUCGGCGUGCUGCGCUCCAAGGAGAAAAUCGUGGACAUCGAGAUAAACGGGGAGCCGGUGGACCUGCACAUGAAGCUUGGAGACAAUGGCGAGGCUUUCUUUGUGGAGGAACAUGAAAACAUGGAGGUGCCAGCCUAUCUGUGCACCUCCCCGAUUCCUCAGGAGGCCCCCGAGGACACGGAUGUGGCCGCUGAAGGGUCCGUAGCCCGCCGGAAGAAACGGCGGAAGAAGCGCGCGCGUUCAGAUAAUUACCUGAGAGAUGAUGUCGGCACCUCGUCAGAAGAAAGGGACAGAGGGAAGGAGAGCGACAGAGACGCUGACGCUGCCCAUCGGGACAAACCUGCGUCUGAGGCGCUGUCUGCGGCGCUGCAAGCCAGCAAAUCCAUUUACUACUCGCUGUCCGAGGAGCCAAACGAGAAACUUGGGGCCGCGCAGAACAGAGAAGCUCAUCCACAUUCAGACGGAGAGCAGUCCCCUUCGGAAAAUGUCUUCUUCAGUCGGCCAGGUUCCCCUAAAAGCGACUCCGAGCUUCUGCUUAAAUCCCAGGAUCUGUUUGAGCCGCAGAUGCAGUGGAACUGGGGAGGCUUUCCCACGGUGAGACACACAAACGCAGAUCGAGCGGCUGCCUGUGCUGCAGUCCGAUCUCGCCCCGCUGACGCGCGCCUCUCCUGUCCUCCGCAGCCCUGUCAUCCGGAGAAGACGCCGCCGGCGCUCCAGGCCCCCUCCCCGUGGAGCGCCACUCAUUUCCGCACCAUCGAGAGGCAGGACUCCUUUGACAUGGGCUACGAGGCUGAGAUCAGCUGCGGCAGAGCGGGCGGCUUUUACGUCGUGAAGCCGCAGCCGAGGACGCGCUCUCUGGAUUUAGACGGCUGCUCCACGCAGACCAGCCCUUCGUCGCCGGAGAAGAACUCUCAUGACGCCCUCUCCUCCCACAGCGACCUCUUCGUGUCGUGUGUUUCUUCGGGGGAUUUGGACUCGACGCGCUCACCCGAAUGCACGCCUGGAGAGCAGGAGGAGGAAAGAGACUUGUCUUCUGAGUCGGUCGGCGUUUAUUUCAGCACGAGCCAGGAGUGCCCUGACGGUGUCGGCUCUGCGGCUGAAACUGUUACUAAAAGCAAAGCAUUCAGCGAAGCAGAAGAGCCAGGAAAGCAGACGGAUGACUGCUCAGUCCCAGAAACGAGCCGGAGUGGCCAAGAGCCGACAGACCUGCAACACGGGGGUGUCUUAUCCGAGCCGACUGAACCGGGUCCUGUCGGUUCUGCUCCCGUCAGCGCGGGGCACGGCGGACCAGCUCCCUGCGCCGACGGGCGAGAUGAGGCGAGCGCCCUCGGAGCCGCCGAUGGAUCGGCAGGAAGCUCGGCUCCAGCGACUGCUGAAUCACGAGCCCAGGGCACGGACUCUGGGAUCAGCUUGGCAAAGUCCUCUGAAGCCUCCCCCCAGCCGGAGCAACAGGACAAGAGAAAAAGUAAACGAAACCAUCAUCUAGGCCCAUCGGAUAUUUACCUGGACGACCUGACCACGCUGGACCCAGAGGUGGCGGCGCUUUAUUUCCCCAAAACGGAGGCGGAGGGAGCGUUCAGCCAGUAUGCGGAGCAGGCCUCCUGCUCUGGCAGCCAGUCGCCUCAGUCCGUGGGCAGCGGAGCGCUGGACAGCGGCACAGAGUAUCUGUCUGAUUCCACGUCGUACAGCAUGGACGUCAGUAUGUCCCUGUGCGGGCAAGAGGGGGACACCAGCCAGAUCACCAAAGAAAAGUUCACAAAGCACCUCGUGACAUAUCAGGACUUUGUCAACAAUCCAGGAAUCAUCGAGGACCCAAGUCUAGUCAUCUGUAUAAAUUCUAACUAUUACAACUGGGCAGUGGCUGCUCCAAUGAUCCUCUCCAUGACAACGUUCCAGAAAAACCUACCAAAGAGCACAGUGGAGCAGCUGGUGAAGGACAAGAUGCCCAAAAAGUCCGGUCGCUGGUGGUUCUCAUGGAGACGGAGAGACAUGGACAACAACCAGCACAAACAAUCAAAGGAGGAGCAGGAGGAGCCGCUGGCAAGCGUUUCCUCCACAGUUCAAGCCACACUGGAUGACGUUGACAGCGACGAAGCUGCAGGUCUUGGACGAAAAGCGGUGAUUCCUUCCAGUCAUUCUACAGAAACCAUGAACAUGGCUCAGUCCAUCAGUCAGAUGUACCGCAAGUCACUACGCCUCACCUCUAAGCAGAUAGAGAAUCUAAAUCUGCGUGAGGGAGCCAAUAAAGUGGUGUUCAGUGUGACGACACAAUACCAGGGCACCUGUCGCUGUGAGGCUGCUAUCUACCUGUGGAACUGGGCCGACCGUGUGAUCAUAUCAGACAUUGAUGGAACAAUCACCAAGUCUGAUGCCCUUGGUCAUAUCCUACCUCAAUUUGGAAAAGACUGGACACACAAAGGAAUUGCCAAACUUUAUCACAAAAUACACCAGAAUGGAUACAAGUUUCUGUACUGUUCGGCAAGGGCUAUCGGCAUGGCUGCUAUCACUAAAGACUACCUACAGUGGGUCAACGACCAAGGCACUGUUCUUCCUAAAGGCCCGGUGUUGCUGGCUCCCAGCAGCCUCUUUUCAGCACUACACAGGGAGGUGAUCGAGAAGAAGCCUGAGGUCUUUAAGAUCGCCUGCCUUAGUGACAUCAGGGACUUGUUCGGGCCGAACAGACAACCUUUCUACGCGGCCUUUGGCAACAGGACUAACGAUGCUUAUGCGUAUAAGCAGGUCGGAGUGUCUGAGGCUAGAAUAUUUACAGUUAACCCAAAGGGAGAGCUUAUCCAAGAGAUGACUAAAGGCAACAAGUCUUCGUAUAACCACCUGAGUGGGUUGGUAGAGCAUCUCUUCCCCAUGCUCUCUGCCGACGGCAGUAACGUCUCCGUUCUGGACUGCCCUGACUACAGCAGCUUCUCCUACUGGAAGGAGCCGCUGCCCAAACUGGACCUGGACGCGCUGCUGUAGACCAACCUCCUACGUCUGUCACGACCAUAUACGCACACAAAAUACGCCUGUGAUUUCAGGACCUGUCCAGAACAGCUGUCUUUUUCAAGGACAUAAAGGGGUAGCUGUUGAUUUUAAACUGCACUCCAGGGUUGAAUUAAAUUAUUUGAGUCAGACUCAUAGAGUAAUUAAUACCUUGUGCGUUUGGAGUUUUUAGUUGUUUUUGUUUUACUGCCAUUGCCUUUAAUUAAACGUCUUCUUAAUCUUAUUAAAUAGGGCACAGAGACAUUUGUAAAAACCCCGCCACGUGUUGCCUAAAUCACAGAAAUGCCUACGUGUUUGGUGCCUUACUUUGAAGCCGGUGGGGAUGACGUCCACGUUAAUCCGUGUGUGUUGGUGUGUGUGAGACAGAGGGGAAAUUUUGUGUUGUAUGCAAUGUUGGGUUUUAUUCCUCAUUCAAUCCAAAAACCAAACAAAAGCAGUUUUUUUUUUAAAUAGCACUUAAAAGGAAGCUCAAUUGUAAGAUCUAUUUGAUCUUUUUGAGUUUAUUAGUCUAGUCUGUGAUUGUUGGUCACAGCUUUGAAUUUGCAUAAAAUCCUGGGGAGUUGUGAUUAAAAAAAAAGCUGGACUUGAUAACUGGCUGAAGACUAAAGGUCGUGUAGCUUUAGGACGUGAUGGAAUGUGGAGGGACCGUUGGAUCUGAUCACUGUGAUGCUGGACCAGGCACAUCGUUUAACGCCAAGUUUAUACCAGCUGCACACUACGCACACGCCCAUCGGAUUUCCGUUGCACGCGUGAAGACGAAUUUCGGCUGCUGAUGCUGGUACACAUAUUUAUUCUUUUUCCGUGUUUUAUUGUUUAGCUGAUUGAGCGGCUUUUCUGUAAACCAAAUGUACAGAAAGCUAAAACAUUUUAAACAAUGUCUGACAAACAGAUAUUGUUGUAUAGCUCAUUGUUUUUAGAAUUGUAUAUGCAUUUUAUUUGCAAUAAAGGUGCUUUUAAA